ACAUAUCCAUUCACCCUUGCACUUUUCUCCGAGUCCUGCAUUACCUCUGGUGCUAUUGGAACUUGCCUCUGGCAUUUCCCCUGAGAUGGAGACCGCAGGAUUCGUCGACCACGAGUACGAACGAUGAGGAUCACCGACAACUUCGUGCGGAACAUAUGUCCGUCCAUACGAAAAUUGACGUAUACCCCUGUCCGAUUCAUGUAAUGCACGCAGUCAUUGUUUAUUGAGGACCAGACAUUAUGAGGUCAUGAAGUCAGAUGAUGAGUAUCCUAUACUGACCAAUAUUAAAGGGCGAUGUUCAUGAUAUAGACAUAUAUUAUACAUCGGAAAGAGUCACUUUCUGUGAGAAUCAACUUGUUUUACCUCCGAUAUCUCAGCCUGCUUGUCAGAAGGAACUCAAAUUUUCGCAACGCCGCACCACCAGCAUGGACAAAAUCCUCCAGACAGGCCUGUCCGCGGGCAUGUCCGCUACAGAAGGAAUUCACUCUUCGAAACCACCCAAUGUCCCAGCAGACCAUGAUGGUCUGAAGUUUCUUCUCCCAGACUCGUUCGUGCCGUCGGCAGAAACCCGUCUGACAUUCAAGGGGAAGGGUGGCAACGAUGUUGAAGUCCCCACCAUCUUCUGGGGCGCCUGGUCCUGGGGCGACCCAAGUACGUGGCACUGGAAAGACGAAGAAAUCCACGGCGUGCGCGCGGCAUGGAAGAAAUGUCUCGAAGGGGGCAUGACGUUUAUCGACACUGCCCAAGCCUACGGCGAUGGCAGGAGCGAGGAAAUCACAGGCGAUCUCAUCCGUAACCAUAGUGGAGGCGUGCCUCGUGAGAAGAUCCAAGUUCAGACGAAGUGGCUGGCCAACGUUACAGACGGCAAACUGGGAAACAUCCUCCAUCCCAUCGACGCUCCAUUGAAAGCCCUCAAGAAAUCCCUCGACAGGAUGAAACUGGACUACAUCGACUGCUACUUGGUCCACGGGCACGUGCACGUGUCGUCCAUCAGUCAGGUCGCUAAGGGCCUGGCCAAGUGCGUCGACGAAGGGCUCACUAAGACCGUCGGCGUCGCCAACUACUCUGUCGAGGACAUGCUGGAGAUGAAGGACGCGCUGGCAAAGUACAACAUCCCGCUCGCCACGAAUCAAUGCGAGUACUCGAUCCUGCGCCGCCUGCCGGAAACAGAAGGCAUGCUUGAUGCAUGCAGACAGCAUGGGAUCGUGUUCCAGUCGUACUCGUCACUGGCCCAGGGCCGCUUGACGGGUAAGUACACCAAAGACCACCCACCGCCAAAGACCUACCGGUUCUCCUCGUAUCCGAUGGAGUACAUCGAGCCGUUGCACAAUGUCAUGAGACAGAUUGCCCAGCGUAGGGGCGUGAGCAUGUCCGCUGUGGCGCUGAAUUACAACAUUUCCAAGGGUGUGGUGCCGACUGUGGGUAUCAGGAAGGAAGAGCAGGCUGUGGAGGAUAUGCAGGCUUUGGGCUGGAGAUUGACCCGUGAGGAGGUUGCUGAGUUGGAUAAGAAUGGUUACGAAGGGAAGUCGACGAAGUUGUGGCAGCAGGGAUAGUUUUCCUGUACCCAUCGAUGUAAGCCUUAGCGUGUGGUCAUGUGUGUUAGUGACAUAUUGUCCCGAGAACCUGUCUGUCUAAAAUCUGGUGUAGCAGAAGAUAUAUGUCAGGAUGGUGAGCUCGUUCUGAUGCACUAGGUACUUUUAUUCGACUUGAUGAUUCCAAGACAAUAACUUU